ACUAAAAAUAGAAUAAUUGUAGUUUAGUAUAGGUUAUUUUAAUUGAGACUCCAGGCCGCAAAACAAUUUUUUAAUGCUUUGUGCCUCUUUUGCAUCUAAAUAGCACUUAUAAUUAUAAUUAUAGAAUUUUUCUAUACAACAAAAAAUAUAUAUUUUUCAUUUUAUUUGUUAAUGCACUUCAAGUAAUUUAAAUUUUGUAGUUAGUAAGAAUAUUAUAUUUUCUUUUUGUCCUUCCAUCACCAGCUGACCAAUCUGUGUCAGUAAAAUGAACAUUGUCAACUGAAUUACCAUUGUGAGAGAAUGUACGAAUGCUACAACGUCCUUUACUUCCUCAUUUCAAAAGACUUUUACAAUUAUACCACCAUUCAAAAGUUUGUGAUCGGUAGGAUUGUUUUUGAAAGUCACUUAUGCUCACAGAGGCUGCAUUUAUUUAAUUAAAAAAUAUAGGAAUUUCAAAUAAUUUAAAAUGGCUGUUUUUUUAUUUUAAUAUGUUACAAGUAAAGCACUGAUUUAAAAUAGAUUUUGUAACCAUGUAGAAGUCCAUUUUGAUCAAUGCAUCCUUGCUGAGGAAAAAUAUUAAUUUAUAAAAGAUAAAUAAAUGCUGACCCCAAAUGCCUGAACAGUAGUGUAUGUUCCUGUCAUCUCUCACAGUGUACACUUCAGAGUUUCACACAGGAAAACACUGAUUAUUCAUUAUCAAGAAUGACCAAUACCGUUCCCAUAGGUAAUGAAUCAGUAACCAGUUGACUAGGCAAAUUUUCCCAGUCUGCACAAGGGACGUCAAAGCCUUGAGGGAAAACAAGGAUUUUCAGAGUCUGUUUUUAGUAAGAUUAACAGAACUAAAUGAGGAUACAUUCACUCUGUACGAACCCACAGUGUGUUUUUUUUCCUAAGACAGAAGACCUGAUCUAGAUUAUGUAAUGAAGCUGAAAAGGACUCUGCUAAUGUCAUAGUCAUUUCUGCACUGUGAUGGACAGGCUUGACCUCCAUUCAGCUCCACUCACCACUGACACCAUCCUCCUGCAGGGUCCCAGCACUGCACUUACAAAUAACAUCUACACUGCUGUUAUUAAGGUGUUCGAGGGAGAGGAACUACAGCCAAAUGAGCUGUACUGCUUGAAUGAAAACACCAGGUGGCUUCUAAGGACAGAUAUGGGCUUCUUUAUCAAAGAGUAUUUCCAGAAUCAGAUUUUGACCAAAGGUCUAUCAAUCAUUUUGGAUGAGAUUCAGAAGCAUGAAGAAGAGAGACAGCUUCUAGUUUUGGCCCAGUUGUGGGAUAGGUUUUUCACUGAGAUUCUGCCCACUUUGCAGGCUAUUUUAUAUCCUCUGCAGGGGCAGGAGUUGACAGUGAGACAGAUGGCUCUUCUCGGCUUCAGGGAUCUGGUCCUAAUGAAGCUCUCUCUGGGUGACCUGCUGCGCAAGAAUCUGCCUCUCAUCCCAGCAUCCAUCACACAGAUGCUGCUUGUGCUACAGGGAAUUCAGGAAUCCAGAGGACCAUCAAAGGAAUAUUGCCAACUUGAGAGUCUGGUGGCGCUAGUGGUCACACCCUACUUAUGGAACUGCAGACACACAAGCUGCACUGAACAAAGCACCACAAGAGCUCAAGUGAAUCAUCCUGAGAUCAGGAUUACUCAUUACAUCUCUGAAAGCUCUCUGCUGUCCCCUGUAGUAGAACAGGAAGGGGAAGUGUACCUUGAGCGGGUGGGAAACCUACGACGUCAUAGCGUGACAAAUGCUCAUUCUGACAUCCAGCUGCUCACUGUUACUAGCAGGGUAUAUAGUGGAAUGGACGACAACUCCGAAACUAUAGAUGUGACUAAAACCCACCUCUGAAAUCUGCCAUGUGAUGAAAGCAUUUGUGAGAAAUUUGAGUGUGCAGGAAAGACAGAAAAUAUCUGACAUUUAACAAUAAUUUAUAAAGACAAAUAUCAACAUUUGAGCAAUGUAUAUUGGAGUGAAAAAAAGAACAUUAUAUGAAAUAUAUGUCAGAUUUCCAGUGUCAAUACAAUGAUCAGAUUAAUGUGCAUCAAAUAUUCUAUCUGAUUAUGAGAUGUUCAAUGAAGCAAAUAGAACACAUUCACAUAUGUAAGCAAUAUCGGGAACAAAUUAAGUAAAAAAUAAAUGUGUUAUGUCUUGAGACAAAGCUUGUUAUGUUCUGCACCUUUCAGAGAUUUGGAGCAGCUGACAACUUUCAGGUGACACAAACAUCUGCAUUAAAGGUGCGAUCACUUUUAUCGUUGUUAUGGUAUAAAAUCCAGUAAUGUAUAUACAAAUCCAAGUGAAUGUGAAUUUCGCACAAGAGCGAAAGAUUUCAGGUAAAGUUUAAACUGGUUAUGCAGAUUCACUACAUUAACAAACAGAAAGUUGCCUGGAUUGAAAGGGAUUCUUUGUGAGCUACACUUCACACAUCACUUAACAAUUUUCAUUGCCAAUGUAACCGCACCUUAAGCCAUUUAUGAAGUUAAUAAACACAAAACACCACAUUUAGUAUAAUCACAGUAAACAGUGCUGCUCUGUACUAAUUACACUUUAAAUUUUCAGAUUGUGUCAAAUAAAUGAAAAUGCAUAGUUCAUGUCAAAAAAAAAGCAAAAAUGUUCUCUUUCCUCUCACAGGAUCUACUGUAAAAUUGGCAGAUUAGGCAGCAAACAAAUUGCAGUUGAAUGUAGUAUCAUUAAAAGAAUUUUUGACGGCUAACACUUUAAGCAGCACCAUUAAAAUAUUUU